AUGUCGGCUGAUCUUUUCCCGACAAAGAUGAGCUUUUUUAUAUUUAUUGCAUACAUUAUGUUAUUUGUGAAUCAGGGAUUGUUAGUAACUGCAUCCAAGUCUGUGACUAAUAGAUAUAAUUAUAAUCCUACUAUUGUGAUAUUAGUUACAGAAUGUUUGAAAUUAAUAUCGUCAGUAAUUCUUUAUCUCAAAGAUAAUGAUAUAGCUACAUUUGGAAGAGAUAUAGUAAAGCAUAAACAAGCUAUAUUAUUGUAUUUCGUGCCAGCUGGUCUGUACUGCCUCUAUAAUAAUCUAUCUUAUGUUAACCUUCAAGCAUAUGAUCCUACAACAUAUUUUCUGCUUUUACAAUUUCGAGUUGUAUUAACAGGUGUAGUUUUUCAGAUUUUAUUCAGUAAAAAGUUGAGUCAACUUCAAUGGUGUUCAUUAAUAUUAUUGACAUUUGGGUGUAUAUUAAAAGAGGUCCACCAAAGUGAAAUAAAAAGUGUUUCUGUCACUCCUCAUCCUAAUGAAUCCUCAUUUGGAAUGUUUAAUAUUCAUUUUGUUUUAAUAUUAGUUCAGGUGUUUGCCUCUGUCAUUGCUGGAGUUUACAAUGAAUACCUGUUAAAAGGUUGUGAAGCUCAUUUUAUGAUGCAGAAUUUUUUUAUGUACUUAGACUCCAUUAUUAGUAAUAGUGUUGUGUUGUUGUAUCAUGGAGACCUUAGGCUUAGUUUUGUUUUUCUAUGGGAUCAGAUGAAACCAAUUUUUUUAAAUCCUGUAGUCAUAGCUAUUGUUUUAAAUACAACAUGUAUAGGCAUCUGUGUCAGUUUUUUCUUAAAAUCACUGAAUUCCAUAUUAAAAAAUUUUGCUAGUGCAAUGGAACUUAUUUUUACAGCGAUUUUGUCUUGGAUACUGUUUGGAUAUCCAAUAGACUUGUAUACUUUUGCCUCCAUUUUUGUAGUGACUUGUGCCAUUGUUUUAUAUGCAAGGAAUCCAGUUGUUAACUUACCAAAAGAUUUGAUAAAAGCAAAGCAUGGUAAUAAUGAACUUGAGAAUGUCUGA